GAGUGCGGCAGUCUCUCGUCGACCACGGGCGUGUUUGUAUCGCAUCGACACGACCCAUACUAAUAGGGCUCGGUUACGACAUCCUAAAACCGGUGUAUACGGACAGUGCGUUGAAUAAUUUAUUUAUUUAUUUUCUUAAAACCCCCCCCAAAAAGGCCUAAGUUUGUACAACGAAGUAUAUUUAUAUAAUAUGUGAUUUUACAUUUUACAAUCGAAAUACAAACUGAUUUUCUUUUUGUUGUAUCGUCGGACUUUGACAAGGACGUGUAAUUAGGAAAUCGAAAGUCACUGAUUAAGUGCGUUUUUUUUUCGCGAUAAGAUAAUUUCACGAAGGAACGUCGCAUUGGUACCAUGUUCGUGCCAGGUGAUUGAUCGGCUCGGUUCAUUAACGUUUCACUACAGUGCGAUUAUCAAGUUUUAUAUUGAGUGCGUUAAUUAAUAAUUGAAAGUUUGGAUUUUAACUGAAAAAGACCAACCACAAAAAUGCCUUCGCCGAUUUGUAUUGACUGUGGAAAGUUAUAAAGCACCCCACCAACCAUGUCAAUACACACACGAAAGAGGCUAAUGCGGUGACUAAUUACGGCGGAUAACAGGCAAAUAUGGCGUUAUUGACAAACUCGGCGACUGCCACUGGACCGACGACGACCGGGCCGGCGGCGCCGCAAGCCCACCACUCCACCACGCCGUUGCACCACUACUUCCACUAUCUGAAGCAGCCGUCGCCGCUUGCACAGAAUCCUUACGCGCACCACUCCAGCGCUCACCACAUGGGUAUGGGCCCAGGCCCUCUGGGUAGCCUCGGGCCGUUCGGAUUAACGCAUCACGGGCUAGAAGCGGUCGGGUUUCCGCAAGGUGUGAACCCGAGGAAACAGCGGCGGGAGAGGACCACUUUUACCAGGGCACAGCUGGACGUGCUGGAGGCUCUAUUCGGGAAGACCAGGUACCCUGACAUCUUCAUGAGGGAGGAGGUAGCGUUGAAGAUCAACCUGCCCGAGUCUAGAGUACAGGUGUGGUUCAAGAACCGAAGAGCGAAAUGCAGACAGCAACUCCAACAGCAAACCAACACCCAGAUAUCAAGCAAGUCCUCCAGUUCCAAAACCUCAUCCAUAUCAGCCAGUUCUAACAUAAAAGGCAGCAAUAGCUCCAAUUCUUCAUCAACAAAGAUAACUACUUCGAAAUCUUUAACUGGCUCCACGAAUUCUAGUAUAGCUAACACUCAAAAUACCUCGAGUAUUACCACGUCCUCACCAAAUCUUCCCAUCACCCCAACCACAUCUGUCAGCCCUCCCAUAAACGUUAUAUGUAAAAAAGAGUCGGCUCCCUCUAAUUAUGACUCUUCACCACUCAAUAAGAACAAUUUAAGUUCUUUAAGUCACCAUUACAACUCAAAUGAUACGUUAAGAAUCAGCGGGAAAGAGUCUUCACCGUCUGAUUCUAUAUCAAACGUCCACGGCUACGGGGUAACACCUAAGCAAGAGUUGUACAAUAGUCCAAAAAGGCUGGACUAUUCCAGUAAAUUGGACUACUCGGAAAAGUCUUUCGGGAGCAGUUUGGUCAAAGACCAAUACAGCUCAAGACUUACAGGUAACUUGACGCCGCUAGGGUCAAAUUCCUCGAUCAUGACUACUCCUUCUCCCCCUAUAACUCCUCAGAGCUUGAAUGGUCCCGGGAAUGUGUAUCAUCCUGACAACUACAAUAGCUUCCACUGGCCUGGAAGCUCGGACUACAUCAGGAGCUACUCAAGUACCCAUCACCAUCAAGGAUACGGGCAGAGUGCCUACAAUUCGCCGUAUUAUCCGAGUCAGAUGGAAUACUUCAAUGGAUCGUCGGUGAACCAGGCUCAUGGUGGCCACCACAGCCACAACUUAACCGCCAACGGCAACCAACUUUACAACCAAGUGUCGUUUGGCAACCCGUCGUCACCGUCCGCGUGGCCAUCUCACCACAAUAUCCUAACCUCUGGCGCCGAAUCACCAGAAAACCAAUCGCAAAAUUCACCUCACCUAAGCAUGCUUCAGGCGUCCCAAAUAACGAACUUUCCUAAUUCAGGUAACAGUUAUUUUGCACCUGAAAAAUACGGAAUCAACAUGGUUUAGUGUUUCUAGUCCUCUAUUUGUAGAUUGUAAAUAAUUGUACAAUUUUAAAUCGAUAUUUGUUCAAUGUACAAUUUACAAAGAUCUCGCGCGUUUCCGAACGGUUUCUUUAUAUUAUCUGUGGCCAUCUUUAUUUGCACUUCCCAUAGUUUUCAGUUCUUAAUAAUCGUUUUCAUUUAUUCUAUUUAGUUUAAUUGUAAUUUCAUUAAGAAAAUAAAAAUGAUUUUUGAUAUCUGAAAACAUGUGAAAAUGCAAUAUGUGUACAUAUCACUGAGUAAAAUUAAUUAAUUAAUUAAUUAAUUAUUAACUAGUCCUAUUUUUUUACGAAACAAUCGAUUUCUUUGUAAAUCGCAGGUAACUGGGCUGUUAGUAUUUUUUCAAAUACAUGUAACUAAUUAUCCUUAGCAAGACUUGGAGCUAAAACAAUACAAUAUAGUAGUAAACUAAUAGUUUUUUUAAGUCAGAAAUGAGCAUUUUGUUAAAGCUGUAUCUUAUAUUACAUCUGGGACUAAAUUUUAUGUUUUGGAAAAAAGGUAAUACUUUCGCGAAAGUCAUGUUAUUAAUAUAAAAUAUCGUCUUGCCACUGGGUAAAUCUUUUAAGAACGAUUUUGCAAUCCGAUAUGUAUGAUUCCCCGGACGUGUUUGCCAAUCUAGAGAUAACGUUAUGACAGUGCUAUCUGGGGAAGCCGACAUGAAAUCGUUCAAACAUUACUUGAUGCUUGACUACUAAAUUGUACCUUCUUAUAAGUAGCUUAGUAUCGUAAUUAGUAAUUACAUUAUACCCCCACCUCUUGCUAAGUAUUUUUAUUUACUGUAUACUAUAAAAUUUUAUCAACCUGUUCCAACUUGAUGCCAAAUGAAGAUUGUAAACUCAACGAAAUAUUGUAAAAAGGCCUAAUGCGUGUAUCGAGUUAGUGUUGAUUGUUUAUAAAAAAAAAAAAAGCCCAUUUAUUUAGGUGUAUGUAUAGAUAUUUCUUUUCAUAUUGCUUCCCAAUUCCUAUGUAUAAAUACUUGAGUCAUAUCACUUAUAUUAAAAAUAUAUUUUUAGGUUAUACUUAGUGAUGGAGUUCACUAAAGUAACAUUAAUAUUAAAUAUAGUUUUCUUGUAAAUAUAUACGUAUUUGAGAUUUUUAUUUAAAUAAAACAAUGUAAAUGUGUGUGUUCCGGAUGUAUAUGUGACUAUUAAUAUGUAGUAUAAGAUUCAAUAAGUAUCUGAAAUCUGGUAUUAAACAGUUUUUACCGGUAACAGAAUAAAGCUGUGUGUAUACAUAGAGGAGCAUGCCGUGAACACAGAAGGUGAUAUCGAUAAUACAGGUAUCGAUAUCGAUGAUAUCGAAGACGUUAAUCUCCUUUCAAAGGGUGUUCAACAUGGAAAACUAAAUAUUUUUCUCAAAAAGAAAAACAAUCAAUUAUUAAAACUAACAGAGCUGUCUAAUUAGUAAGAGAGGGGUUGACAUUUCUUGUUGUUUUUUUUUACCUUUAUGUUUUAAGCGGACAUAUUCAGUUUUAUUAGUAAAUUACUCCCUUAAAAGGUUGUCGAUAUCACCCUGUAUACCGUCGGCUUCGUAGUACAAGGACGGAAUUGGAAAUCAACAUUUACAGAUUUACAGUUCCAUAAAGCCGAUAAUAGUCUUCACGCUGUUAGCUAUUUGCGAUAUCAUAUCGCCAUUAUUGCAAUGUCAAAAAAUAGAUUCCGUUUUUCAGUGACUCUUCCAAACGGAGAAGGUUCUCGAUUCGUCUGCAUGUUUUUACACGAUUACGUCCCAAUAUCUUUUUUCAAAAGAUAGGAUUUACCCCCGUCUCGGUCCCAUAUUAAUUUUGUGACGAUUGAAUACGUAUUUUCUCUUCGCUGUGCAAAAUUAGACUUAUUCCAAUAUAUAUAUUUGAAGAAAUACAAUUCCGAAUUCUAAAUUCAAAUAAUUGAAGUAUUCCUUUGGCAUGAGUAAUAUCGAUACCACACCGAUAUCUAUAUAUUGAGUUUCUCUAGAUAUUAAUAUUGGAAAUAAGAGUCGUCACUCAUAUCAAUAUCAGCCAUACCGGUGUGAUACCUAUAUACAUUUCGAUGUUAUAUAUUGGAUAAACAAUAUUUAAUAUAUCCGCUGCUGAGUCAAUAUAUAGAUAUUGUAUUCCUGUUUUUUACGCAAAAUAACAUUUAUUUGUUAUUCAUUGAGUGUGAGACUAAAAGUACUAUACAAUAAUUUGCAAAAUCGCAAUAUCUUAUCAAAUUAAUAUCUUCUUUUUUAUCAUUUUAUUGUCUUUUACCACUACUUCUUACUCAUUUAGUGGUGGCGCCCUCUAUGGACAACUAGAUUCUAGGCCGCCUUCAUUGUACACUAUCGCUUACGCGCCCUCCGCAGCACGAAGCCUGUAUCAAUAAUUCUUUUUUUUUUUUUUUUAUUUAUCUCAAAAUCUAGUCAA